AUGCCUCGCUCAUACGCCGACGCCGUUGACAAGCUCAAUGGACUUCAGACAAACUUUGCAGUUCUCGAAGCAGUACGCAAGUCAGGAGGCAGCGCCAACAAGAAUUCACUUCAGGAGGUGAUUGAUUUUGUCGAGCGCAGUGGAUAUCAACCCAAGGACUUUAACGACUUGAACAUGAUCCAUGUCACUGGCACCAAGGGCAAGGGCUCGACUUGUGCCUUGACAGAGUCGAUCCUGCGCAACUAUGGCGACAAGACCAUCAAGACUGGAUUGUACACUUCGCCACAUCUGAUGGAAGUGAGAGAGAGAAUCAGGAUCAAUGGAGUACCUAUCAGCCAGGAUCUGUUUGCAAAGUACUUUUUCGAGGUUUGGGAUCGCCUUGACUCGUCCGGAGACAAGUCAAAGCCUGGCUACUUCCGAUUCUUGACAGUGUUGGCGUUCCAUGUGUUCAAGCAGGAGAAGGUCGAUGUUGCUAUUCUGGAGGUCGGUGUUGGCGGUGCUUAUGAUUCGACCAACAUUAUCAACCAGCCCGUCGUCUGCGGUGUUGCAGCACUUGGAAUCGAUCACGUCUCGGUUUUGGGAUCGACUCUGGGAGAGAUUGCAUGGAACAAAGGAGGUAUCUUUAAGAAUGGCGUGCCAGCUGUUUCAUCUGAGCAGCCUACAGAGGGACUCGAUGUUCUCCAGAGCAGAGCGAAGGAGAUCGGCGCAUCUUUUCAAGUCAUCCCUGCAUUCACAUCGCAAGCAUUGGGCACAACAACGAUUGGACUGGCAGGAAAACAUCAGGUGGCCAAUGCAGCUUUGGCGACAGCCUUGUGCAAGAUCUGGAUUGAGAAGGUUCUUGGUAAGAAGAUUCAGGGAUCGGCCGGCGAUGUGCCGCAGGAGUUUGUCCAGGGUCUUUCGAGUGCUCGUUGGCCAGGACGUGGACAGAUCAUGGUGAGGGACGACAAGCCCAAGAUCACUUGGUUCUUUGAUGGCGCCCACACGACCGAGAGUAUUCGUGUCUGUGCAGAGUGGUUCAAAGACGCCAGCCGCAAGGAUGCUCAUGGAUCGGUGAAGAAGUUGCUGGUAUUCAACUGCACGGGUCCAAGAGACGGUGAUGCAUUGUUGCAGCCAUUAGCAGCGAUCCACUCGACAGUGCACUUUGACCAGGCCAUUUUCACUCCUGCCAUCACAUUCGCGUCCAACACGUACAAGGGCGACCUGGUCAACAACAAUACUCCUCUGGACUUGGAGUUGAAGACACAAAAGACUUUGGCAGCCUGCUGGAUCAAACAGGUCGGCUUGGCACAGGGACAAGAGACCGCAACGGAAACAACGGUGUUGCCUUCGAUCGAGCAUUCUGUCAACUGGAUUGACGACUAUGUCAAGCAUCAGACGGCCGCUGCUGCUGCUGAGGGAGUCGAGCAUGUUCAGGUCUUGGUAACCGGUAGUUUGCAUCUUGUUGGAGGUGUUCAGAGUGUCCUUGGAUGCAAUGUUGCUUAA